AUGUCGCGUCGCGGGGCACCAAAGGGAAGGAAGCCCCCCGGCACAGAGUUCACAUGGGACGCUGAUCCAGGCGGCGAGCCAGACACAGCUCCAACGCCUUUGUACCCUAAAUAUACUAUCCCUUUCGCUCGGAAGUUGAGCCCCGCCGAACAAACCCAGGUCGACUACUACCGCAGCCUGCGCGAGAGCUUCCAUGAAGGCCCCUUUUACUCCGUUCUCGAUGCUUCCUCUUCCAACGCCAAGAAGGGCAGCGCUGCGCGCUCCAACUUCGAUCCCUUCCAUGGCAUGCCCACUUACUCUGGCCGUUAUCAGAAGAAGCGGCGCACCCUCCCCAAAAUCACCGGGCGGUCUUAUGUGUUGAAAUUCUUCCCCCGCGAGCUGUGGCAGACCCUCCAGCCGAAUUUCCGACCCGAUGCGUCUAUGGAUGGCUACCAGGCCCAGACGUCGGCUGCUGGACUGAAGCGCGGUUUCGAAGAUGAGGAGGAUGAAUCUGGACCUUCGAAGCGUGUGGCUGGUGAGGAAGACGAAGAAGAAGGCGAGGCAGAGGGAGAUGAAAACGCAUUGCUUGAUGAGGAGGAUGAGCAGGAAGCGGAAAUUGAGGACGACGACUUCUCCGAGGAUGAUGAUGAAAUGGGCGGUGAUUACAAUGCCGAACAGUACUUCGACGACGGAGAAGAUGAUAUGGGUGACGAGGAUGGUGGUGGUGGCGGCGGCGACGAUGACUUCUGA